GUACGAAUCUGACGCCGCCAGUAGAGCGUCAGUACCGGUCAGUGUGUGCGAUAAAAGACAAUAGAUAAUAGUGCAGCGGGUUUAUCGCGGCGAUAAAUUAAUUGACACAAACAAAUUUAGUAUGAGGUUUGCGGUGUUGUUUUGCCUGGUGUUCGGCGUGUUAGCCAAGCCUCCACCUGGACCGGCCCAGGAGAAUCUCAAGCCUUUCGACUUGGUCGAGGCCGUCACCGGAAAGUUCAAAGCCAAAGGUUUCAACGGUACUUGGAUUUCGGAUACCGCUUUUGUAUAUAAAAAUAUCGAUGGCGAUCUGAUGAGCUACGACGCCAAAGAUGGUGUUGGCAAGACAUUUGUAAAAGUCGCCGAUAUUCGCGAAAACUUAAAAUUUGCAAAGGAAGGUAAAGAUGAUGUUGAAACAGAAAAUGUGCUAUGUAAAAAGAAAGCUGAAGAAGGGACGAGUAAAAUUUGCAAAUGCCAUAAUAAAAUGAAAUCCGCAAAUACGAAAGAGUUUAACAUAACAGGAUAUGCAGUCUCGCCUAACCAAAAAUACGUCUUAUUCAAAACGGACCCAUUACAGGGAUUCAGAUAUUCUGUGCAAUUCAAAUGUUUCAUAUUCAAUGUGGAGACAAAGGAAAUCGUCCACGUAGCAAGAGAAAUGCACGUGCAGAUGGCCAAAUGGAUCCCAGGAAGCAGCGGCCUGGUAUACGUGCGAGACAACAACGUGUUUCUCAGACGGCAGCCAAAUGGUGGCAGCAGGGAAAUUCAGCUGACUCUGGACGGAGAACCGGGGGUCAAGUAUAACGGAGUCUCGGAUUGGGUUUACGAAGAGGAAAUGCUUGGUUCUGGCGAUGCGCUUUGGUUUUCUCCGGACGGUGCAUAUAUCGCGAUCGGUUGCUUUGACGAUUCCAACGUCGACGAAAUGAUGUAUUUCCGUUACGGAGAAUCUGGUACUAUUGAAAGCCAAUAUCCGGAAUUGGUAGAUCUGCGAUAUCCAAAGCCCGGUAGAGUAAAUCCGACAGCCAAAGUAAAAGUUCUCCGUCUGAACGAAGCUCGUGGUCGUAAUAUGCCCUGGACGGAACUGACAGCUCCCGAACAGGAUGUGGGCAAAGAUCAUCUGCUAGCCGCCGUCACCUGGGCCUCCAAUAACGAGGUGGCAGUCACCUGGCUAAACAGACGCCAAAACUAUUCUGUUAUGCAAAUCUGCAAUGCAGGGACCGGAGAAUGUAAAAUGGAACUAGAAACUAGUAUGCCUGGUUGGAUCGACGUACGAAAAAUCUGGUUUACUCCUGAUGGAAAUCGUUACAUAACUAUCAGAUCUGUGCAAUACACUGAUGGAUUUACAUAUCCUCAUAUAGUAGGAGCCGAAAGAAGGACAGAACCGAAACCAAUAACCGGUGGAAAUCGUACUGUCACCAAUAUUAUAGGUUUCGAUGCAGAACGGGAUCUUAUAUAUUACUCAGCAACAUCGACUGAGAGCAGUACCCACCAAGAAAUCAUGGUAGCCGGCUCCAAAAGCUUGUCCUUGACCCGUCAACUUAUGACAGAAAAUGGUGAUAAAUGCAGAUUUGGUAAAGGUGAUUUUAGCAAAGAGUACUCUUAUGCUGCCUUGACUUGUCUUGGACCAGACGCACCCUUUGUCGUACUUUAUGACACGGUGAAUGAUGAAAUACUGUCAACAUGGGAAGACAACAAGGAAUUGAGAGAAAAAUUAUCUAAACACAACAGACCGAUCGUACGAGAUUUGAUCGUAAAAACUGAAAGUGGUUUCGAUGCUCUUGUUAGACUCCAACUGCCCCCUGAUUUUGAUGAAAACCUUAAAUAUCCUAUGAUUGUGAACGUAUAUGCAGGCCCUGGUUCUAAAAAGAUAGUCGAUGGAUUUACAGUUGGUUAUCCUCAAUAUGUAACAACGAACAAAAAAUACAUCCAUUGCGAGAUCGACGGACGUGGCUCGGCUUUUCGAAGCGAUGAGCUGAUGUUCCAAGUAAACAACGCACUUGGCACCGCGGAGAUUGAAGAUCAAAUCGCUAUCACCAAGAAAUUAACAGAAAUGUUCCAGUUCAUAGAUUCUAACAGAGUAUCGAUAUGGGGAUGGAGCUACGGUGGUUACGCCACGGCCAUGACUUUAAUUCGGGACAAAGAGAAUGUUUUCAAAUGCGGAGUAUCUGUUGCACCGGUCACCUCCUGGCUGUACUACGACACAAUCUACACCGAACGUUACAUGGGAACACCUACAGAAAAUCCCGAAGGUUACAACAAUAGCGACGUAACCCUUUUGGCCGAAGGACUGCGUAACAAGCGUUAUCUAUUGAUACACGGAAACGCUGACGAUAACGUGCAUUAUCAGCAUUCGAUGCAACUUGCGAGGACCCUGGAGUUGAAGGAUAUACCUUUCCAAUCACAGAGUUAUCCGAACGAGGCGCACGCUCUGAGUAAUGUCCUUGCUCACGUUUAUCACACCAUUGACAAUUUUUUCUGCAAAUGUUUCAUAUGA